AAGUGAGGGUGCACAGUAAUUGAAGUGGCCGGGCUAUGCCCCCUAGGGCCCACUCUUGGCACCGAAGCUCCGCCCACAAAAACGCGUCACAAUAUUUACUAACUGUAAUGGCGUCUGUAUACCCAUUUGUCUCCUCCUUUCUGACGUGCUGACGCGCACUUCGUAUAAAAGCAACUGAGGUUCACCGGCUCGGCUCCACGCUGCUGUGGCUGGAGCAGAGCGUGGACUUCUCUCCAUUGAUCACUCCUCGUGCGGCCUAAAUCCAUCUAAAACAUCGCUAUUGAUCAAUAAACGCAUUCUUCAUCAGGACAGUGUGGUCUUUGACCCACACUGAUAUCGCGUUUAUUUGACUUUAAUCAGCGAUCACCGGAUCCUUUUCAUCAUCUCUGAGAAUAGCGUGGUUCUCACGUGGGUUCACCAGCGAGUCCGCGCAGCUCCACGGCUCAUCCAGUUCGCUCCUUGUAGUUUACGCUGUAGAGAUCGAGAUCCGUGGUGACUUUGACUUUAGAAGCGCUAACACGCAAACAUGUUCGUUAAAACGGCAUCUUUAGUGUUGGAGGAUGGGACGGCGUUUAGAGGCAGGCUGUUUGGCGCCCCAGCCUCAGUAUCUGGUGAAGUUGUUUUUCAGACAGGAAUGGUGGGUUAUCCAGAGGCUCUCACUGAUCCGUCAUACAAGUCUCAAAUACUAACUCUGACAUACCCACUGAUUGGCAAUUAUGGCAUUCCAGAAGAUGAAGAUGGGCAGUUUGGACUCAGCAAGUGGUUUGAAUCGUCCAGAAUCCACGCUGCUGCUCUCAUUGUUGGGGAGGUUUCGGAGAACCCCAGUCACUGGAGCUCUGCCAAGUCUCUGGAUCAGUGGCUCAAAGAGCAGGGCACGCCGGGCCUAGAAGGUGUUGACACUCGUCGCCUGACCAAAAAAAUCAGAGAAAAGGGAACCAUGCUGGGGAAACUUGUGGUGGAAGGAACUGCGGCAUCUGAUAUUCCAUUUGAUAAUCCGGACACUAGAAACCUUGUUAAAGAAGUUUCCAUGAAAGAACCAAGAGUUUUUAAUCCUGAGGGUAUGUUGAGAAUCACUGCUAUAGAUUGCGGCAUCAAGUACAACCAGAUCCGCUGUCUGUGCCAGAGGGGCGCCCGGGUCACUGUGGUCCCCUGGGAUCAUCAGCUGGACAGCAAAGAUUUUGAUGGGCUCUUUAUCAGUAAUGGACCUGGAAAUCCUGAGUACUGUAAGGAGACCAUAGACAAUAUAAAGAAGGUGGUGUCCACGGAAAAGCCCAAACCCGUCUUUGGAAUUUGUCUGGGCCACCAGCUGCUGUCUUUGGUCAUUGGUGCGAAGACAUACAAAAUGAAGUAUGGCAAUCGUGGUCAUAACCAGCCUUGCAUUCAUAAAGGAACAAACCGCUGUUACAUCACCUCUCAAAAUCAUGGGUUCGCUGUGGACCCCAAAACUCUUCCAGAGGACUGGGAUGUGCUUUUCACCAAUGCCAAUGACCAAACCAGCGAGGGCAUCGUUCAUAACCACAAACCUCUCUUCAGUGUGCAGUUCCAUCCUGAACAUAUGGCUGGGCCUACUGAUCUAGUCGGUCUCUUUGAUGUCUUUCUGGAUACAGUCAAAGAUCUUAAAGAGGGCAAAGUCGGGAAAUCAGUUAAGCAAAGACUGACCGAGCAUCUGACGUUCCCUGGAUCUCCAAAGCCAGAGGAGUUUGUUCGACCUCGUAAGGUUUUAAUUCUUGGUUCAGGAGGACUUUCUAUCGGACAGGCUGGAGAGUUUGACUAUUCUGGAUCACAGGCUAUUAAAGCUCUAAAGGAAGAGAACAUCCAAACCGUUCUCAUUAACCCAAACAUUGCCACAGUGCAGACCUCGAAGGGUCUGGCAGACAAAGUCUACUUCCUUCCAAUAACACCAGAGUAUGUCACACAGGUUAUAAAGAACGAGCGUCCAGAUGGAGUGUUGCUCACAUUUGGAGGGCAGACGGCCCUAAACUGUGGCGUGGAGCUCACUAAACAGGGAGUGCUGGAGAAGUACAAAGUGCGUGUGCUUGGAACCCAGGUUUCCUCUAUAGAGAUGACCGAAGACCGCAAGAUCUUUGUGGAAAAGAUGGAGGAAAUCAACGAACAUGUUGCCCCAAGUGAAGCGGCCAUGUCUGUAGAGCAGGCAGUUGCUGCUGGUGAAACAAUUGGCUAUCCUGUGCUGGUCCGUUCUGCGUUUGCGUUGGGUGGGCUGGGUUCAGGCUUUGCCAAUAAUAAAGAGGAGAUGAUAACGUUGGUCACCCAGGCCUUUGCUCACACAUCACAAGUCCUUGUGGAUAAAUCGCUGAAAGGCUGGAAAGAGAUCGAGUAUGAGGUGGUGCGGGAUGCCUAUGAUAACUGUGUGACGGUUUGUAACAUGGAGAAUAUAGAUCCUCUAGGAAUCCACACUGGAGAGUCUAUAGUGGUGGCUCCGAGUCAGACGCUGAACGAUUAUGAAUAUAACAUGCUGAGAAACACGGCCAUCAAAGUUGUUCGCCACUUGGGCAUUGUGGGAGAGUGCAACAUUCAGUAUGCCUUAAAUCCAGAAUCUGAGCAGUAUUACAUCAUUGAAGUGAAUGCUCGUCUGUCACGAAGCUCUGCUUUGGCUAGUAAAGCCACGGGUUACCCGCUGGCCUACGUGGCAGCUAAGCUCGGUUUGGGAAUCCCUCUUCCUGUCCUCAAGAAUUCUGUGACUAACUCCACAACCGCCAACUUUGAGCCCAGUCUGGAUUACUGCGUGGUGAAGGUUCCUCGCUGGGAUCUGAGCAAGUUCCUCAGAGUCAGCACCAAAAUCGGCAGUUCCAUGAAGAGCGUUGGAGAAGUAAUGGCGAUCGGUCGCAACUUUGAAGAAGCCUUCCAGAAAGCUUUGAGAAUGGUGGAUGAGAACUGCGUAGGCUUUGAUCACACCAUCAAACCUGCGUCUGAAGAGGAGCUACAGACGCCAACAGACAAGCGCAUCUUUGUUCUGGCGGCUGCGCUGCACGCUGGCUAUGCCAUCGAGCGUCUCUAUGAGCUCACCAAAAUAGACUGUUGGUUUCUGCACAAGAUGAAGAACAUCACAGACCACGAGAAACUUCUUCAGACGUAUAACCAGGAUGAGAGCGCCAUGCCGCAGAAGGUCAUGAGGAAAGCCAAGCAGCUGGGCUUCUCCGACAAACAGAUUGCCCAAGCUGUUCAAAGCACUGAGCUGGCCGUGAGGAAGUUGAGACGUGACUGGAAGAUCCUUCCUGUGGUCAAACAGAUUGACACAGUGGCUGCAGAGUGGCCCGCCCACACCAACUAUCUGUACUUGACCUAUCAUGGCUCUGAAAGUGACGUGGUCUUCGAGCAGCCCCAUGUUAUGGUCAUUGGCUCUGGGGUGUACCGCAUCGGAAGCAGCGUGGAGUUUGAUUGGUGCGCUGUUGGAUGUAUUAUGGAGCUGAGGAAGAUGGGAUACAAAACAAUCAUGGUGAACUAUAACCCGGAAACAGUCAGCACAGAUUACGACAUGUGCGAUAGGCUCUACUUCGAUGAGGUCUCUUUUGAGGUUGUGAUGGACAUCUAUGAGAUGGAGAACCCAGAAGGUGUGAUUCUGUCCAUGGGUGGACAGCUGCCUAACAACAUUGCCAUGUCUCUACACCGACAGCAGUGCAGGAUUUUAGGCACUUCUCCCGAGUUCAUUGAUUCUGCGGAGAACCGUUUCAAGUUCUCCAGGAUGCUGGACACCAUAGGAAUCAGUCAGCCUAGAUGGAAAGAGCUGUCUGAUACUGAGUCUGCCAUUGGUUUCUGUGCGGCAGUUGGAUAUCCUUGCUUGGUCAGGCCAUCGUAUGUUCUCAGCGGAGCUGCUAUGAACGUUGCCUUCUCUGACAGCGACUUGGAGAAGUAUUUGAGCAGCGCUGUGGCUCUGUCCAAGGAAUACCCUGUCGUCAUCUCCAAAUUUAUUCAGGAGGCCAAGGAAAUAGAUGUGGAUGCUGUGGCUUGUGAAGGAACGGUCAUCGCCAUCGCCGUAUCUGAGCACGUGGAGAACGCAGGGGUGCAUUCUGGAGAUGCCACGCUGGUGACACCACCUCAGGAUAUUAACCAGAAAACCAUGGAACGCAUUAAGAUGAUCGUUUACGCUAUUGGCCAGGAGCUUCAGGUUACUGGCCCGUUCAACCUGCAGCUCAUUGCCAAGGACGACCAGCUGAAGGUGAUCGAAUGCAACGUUCGUGUUUCACGUUCCUUCCCCUUUGUGUCCAAAACGCUCGGUGUCGAUCUUGUCGCUUUGGCAACAAGAGUCAUAAUGGGAGAGGAAGUUGAACAUGUUGGGCUGAUGAGAGGAAUUGGAAUUGUGGGAGUCAAGGUUCCUCAGUUUUCCUUCUCCCGGCUGGCUGGAGCAGAUGUGGUUCUAGGUGUGGAGAUGACCAGCACUGGAGAGGUGGCCUGCUUUGGGGAGAACCGAUACGAGGCGUAUCUAAAAGCCAUGCUCAGCACUGGCUUCAAACUCCCUAAAGAGAAUAUUCUUCUCUCCAUUGGUAGUUACAAGGGUAAGAGUGAGCUGCUGCCCACAGUCAAGACUCUGGAGACUCUUGGUUAUAACUUGUAUGCCAGUCUCGGCACUGCCGACUUUUACACUGAACAUGGAGUCAAGGUGAUGGCUGUGGAUUGGCAGUUUGAGGAGGAGAGUGACUUUCCCAACAAAGACAAAGAGAGGAACAUCGUGGACUAUCUGGAAGAGAACCAUUUUGACUUGGUCAUCAAUCUGUCUUUGAGGAACUCUGGUGGAAGACGCUUGUCUUCCUUUAUGACCAAAGGGUACCGCACACGUCGAAUGGCCAUCGACUACUCUGUGCCUCUUAUCACUGACAUCAAGUGUACCAAACUUUUUGUUCAGGCACUGAGGCAGAUUGGUCAGGCUCCUCGUGUAAAGACGAACGUGGACAGCAUGACCUCACACAAGCUCAUCCGUUUGCCUGGUUUGAUUGAUGUCCACGUGCAUCUGCGUGAACCUGGCGCCACCCAUAAAGAGGAUUUCUCCUCGGGCACAGCUGCUGCCUUGGCUGGAGGAAUCACUAUGGUAUGCGCCAUGCCCAACACCAGCCCUGCCAUCAUUGACCCUAGCUCCCUCGCUGUGGCGCAGAAGCUUGCCAAGGCCGGGUGUCGCUGCGAUUACGCACUUUUUGUGGGGGCUUCAUCAGACAACGCCACACUUCUUCCAUCCAUCGCAAAUUCUACAGCUGGUCUGAAGAUGUACCUGAAUGACACGUUCUCCACUUUGAAAAUGGACAAUGUUUCUGUAUGGAUGGAGCACUUUGAGAAGUGGCCAAAGCACUUGCCCAUUGUAGCGCAUGCCGAGAAACAGACAGUGGCGGCUAUCUUGAUGGUAGCGCAACUUUAUCAGAGAUCCGUUCACAUCUGCCAUGUUGCCAAGAAAGAAGAGAUUCUGAUCAUCCGAGCUGCUAAACAAAAGGGGAUCCUGGUGACGUGUGAAGUAGCUCCUCAUCAUCUCUUCCUGUGUGACGAUAAUGUGCCCACCAUUGGGGACGGCAGGGCGCAAGUACGACCCAUGCUGGGUACACGAGAGGACAUGGAGGCAUUGUGGGAAAAUCUAGAUAUCAUUGACUGCUUUGCUACAGAUCAUGCCCCUCAUUCAGUAGAAGAAAAGAACUCCGAGAAACCACCACCAGGUUACCCGGGUCUGGAGACCAUGAUGCCUUUGCUGCUCACGGCGGUGAGCGAUGGACGCCUUACCAUUGAGGACAUCAUCAAGAGGCUCUACGAAAACCCCAGAAGAAUAUUCUCUCUUCCUCCCCAGGAGGACACCUACGUAGAGGUGGAUUUGGAGAAAGAGUGGACUAUUCCAAAACAUAUGCAGUUCACAAAGUCAAAGUGGACUCCAUUUGAAGGCAUGAAAGUAAAAGGAAAAGUCAUGAGGGUGGUGCUUCGAGGAGAGGUGGCCUAUAUUGAUGGACAGGUGUUGGCACCUCCAGGUUAUGGUCAGGAUGUGAAGUCAUGGUCUGCACCCCCUGCAGUGGCAACCGAGCCGAUAAAGGAUGCUCCUAAGCGUGUAAGUGAAGCCCUGACUCCUGAACGGCUCCGUACCGGACCCGCUGCUGAUACGGUUCGUAGCCGUGCCCCAAGCCCACGCCGAUCAAUUGGAGAUGGACGCUUCAUCCUACCACCCCGGAUCCACCGCGCAUCUGACCCCGGUCUGCCACCAGAAUUGGCCCCACCAGUGGAUGCAUACAUGCAACCUCCUCUGGCCAGGAUCUUGUCACCUCAGGCUGGGAUGCAUCAGAUCGUGCCCCCACCCCAGACUUCCCCCCUGCUCCACCCGCUGGUGGGCCAGCACGUAUUGUCUGUCCAGCAGUUCAGUAAGGAACAGAUGUCUCAUCUGUUUAAUGUGGCACACACUCUGCGUCUCAUGGUACAGAAAGAAAGACCACUGGACAUUUUGAAGGGUAAAGUCAUGGCCUCCGUGUUCUAUGAGGUGAGCACUCGCACCAGCAGCUCGUUCGCAGCAGCCAUGCAGCGUCUGGGUGGCACAGUGCUGCAUUUCAGCGAAUCCACAUCCUCUACACAGAAGGGCGAGUCUCUGAACGAUUCGGUUCACAGCAUGAGCUGCUAUGCUGAUGUCAUAGUUCUGCGCCACCCCAUACCUGGAGCUGUAGAGAGUGCAGCAAGACAUUGUCGGAGGCCAGUGAUCAACGCUGGUGAUGGGGUCGGAGAACAUCCUACUCAGGCUCUUCUGGAUAUCUUUACCAUCCGAGAAGAGCUUGGAACAGUCAACGGCAUGACUAUUACCAUGGUAGGCGACCUGAAACAUGGGCGCACUGUGCAUUCUCUGGCCAGACUUCUCACCCAGUACAGGAUCACUUUGCGCUACGUGGCUCCUAAGAACCUCAGCAUGCCCGCCGAGAUCAUUGACUUUGUGGCCUCCAAAGGCAUUAAACAGGAGGAGUUUAACAGCAUUGAAGAGGCCAUUCCGGAAACCGAUGUUCUGUACAUGACUAGAAUACAGAAAGAGCGUUUCGCUUCGUUAGAAGAGUACAAAGUGUGUUUUGGCCAGUUUGUCCUAACACCGCACAUCAUGACGGGAGCCAGAAGGAAGAUGGUGGUCAUGCAUCCACUCCCGAGAGUCAAUGAGAUCAGCGUGGAGGUUGACACGGAUCCCAGAGCUGCUUACUUCCGGCAGGCGGAGAAUGGGAUGUAUAUUCGGAUGGCACUGCUGGCCACUGUGCUAGGUCGGUGAGAAGGCAAUCGUCGCGGUCAAGACAAUUUGGCAGUAAAGGAAAAUAUUGUGCCUGGCAACAGACUAAUUGCAUUACUGUGUACUUUCUGCAAACCUGCUAUAGAAAAGAUUUCAAGUCCUGGGGCAUUAAGAAUUGUCUUUAAAAAAUUCCUAUUCAAUUAUUUGAUUUAACGGUCUUACAAAAUUACUUGAAUAAACGACAAUAUAGUGUGGUUUCCUUUGUCUCUGCUCGUAUCAUCAUCAUGUCAAAAUAUCUGAGUUCAUGUAAUGCUUUUGUGCAGUUAAGUUCUCUAGAAUAGCAGAUUUUCUAUAGCGUUGUCGGCUCGCAGUCAGUUUCCCUUCAAAUUCAGCAAAAUCCUACAGGCUUAUUUUUUUCUACCACAUGAAUCACUCUAUGAAUGCAACUAUGCAUUACAGAAAUGCAGGUAUCUUUGUUACACAAUGUUCCUUUUGAUAUUCCAGAGGUUCAUGGGGGUGGGGCAAGGCUUUUAUGACUUUACAAUCUUAGUGCACAUAUUUGAAGAAUAAUCUUUCGAUAUUACUGAUUAAAACUUGAAAACAUUAUUAAGUGUUGUAUUGCAACUGCUUUUUGUAACAUUCUACGCAAUAAAAAAACUAGCAUAUCGGA